AUGUCUGAUGUCAAGUAUGCCCUCAACCAGGGCGCAGGUUAUGGUGUCGUCGUCGGUGUCGGUUUGGCUUUUUCCGUGGGUAUGAUUCUCACUACUUUAGCUUUGAAAAGAUAUCAAAAGCAAAUUGUUACUGCUGAAGAAUUCGUUUCUGCUGGUCGUUCUGUCCGUACCAGUUUGGUUGGUGCGGCUGUGGUGUCUUCCUGGUGUUGGGCUGCCACAUUAUUGCAAUCUACCACCCAAGUAUACAAGAAUGGUGUUAGUGGUGCGUUUUACUAUGCUUCCGGUGCCUGUGUUCAAAUCAUUUUAUUUGCUUUCUUAGCUAUUAAGGCUAAGCAAUUGGCUCCAGAAGCCCACACAUACUUGGAAAUCAUCAAAACUCGUUACGGUAAGGCGGCUCAUGGCGUCUAUAUGUUUUUUGCUCUCGCCACUAACAUUUUGGUUACCGCCAUGUUGCUUACCGGUGGCUCUGCCACCAUCAGUGACUUGACUGGUAUGAACACUGUGGCUGCUAUUUUCUUACUUCCAUUAGGUGUCACCGUCUACACAUUGUUUGGGGGUAUUAAAGCUACUUUCCUCACUGAUUAUGCCCACACUGUUAUGAUUGUCGUAAUUAUCAUGACAUUUGCAUUCAAUGUCUUUUCGGUCUCUGACAAAUUGGGAUCCCCUUCUGCUGUUUGGGAAUUGGUAACAAAGAGAGCUUUAGAAACUCCCGUCUCUGGUAAUGCUGAAGGUUCUUACCUUACCAUGAAGUCAAGAUCCGGCGGUAUCUUCUUUGUUAUUAAUAUUGUCGGUAACUUCGGAACAGUCUUUCUUGACAAUGGGUACUGGUUGAAAGGUUUUGCUUCUUCACCAGCUGCCGCUCUUCCAGGUUACGUUUUAGGUGGGUUGGCUUGGUUUGCUUUGCCAUGGUUCACUGCCACAACAAUGGGUCUUGCUGCUCUUGCUUUAGAAGAUACCCCAUCAUUCCCAACUUAUCCAAACAGAAUGACUGAUGCCCAAGUUUCUUCAGGCCUUGUAUUGCCAAAUGCUGCUGUGGCCCUCAUGGGUAAAGGUGGUGCUGGUGCCUCUUUAAUUUUGGUCUUCAUGGCUGUUACAUCUGCCUUUUCCGCCGAAUUAAUGGCCGUUUCAAGUAUCUUUACCUAUGAUAUUUACAGAGAAUAUGUUAACCCAAAUGCCAGCGGAAAAAAAUUGAUUUUUAUUUCCCACUUGUCAGUUAUUCUUUUUUCCCUUGUUAUGGCUGGUUUCUCAACAGGUAUCUAUUAUGGUAAUGUUUCCAUGGGGUACCUUUACGAAUUUAUGGGUGUAGCAAUUUCUGCAGCCGUCGGUCCUUGUGCUGCUACCAUCAUGUCCUCCAAACAAAACAAAGCUGCUGCCAUUUGGUCUCCAAUUUUGGGUACUAUUUGCUCCAUUUGUUCUUGGUUGGGAUCCACCAAAGCUUUGGAAGGCUCAGUGACUUACCUUAACACCUUUGCUGAUUACCCAAUGUUGAUUGGUAACGUUGUCGCCUUGCUCUCUCCUAUUAUCUUCAUUCCAGUUUUGACUUACGCUUUUGGUCCACAAAACUUUGACUGGAACAUUUUAAAGUCUAUCAAACGUGCUGACGAAACCGAAGAAAUCCUUGAGGCUACUGCUGGCGUUCAUGCUAGUGAUGAUAUUGAAAAGAAGGGAGAACAGACUGAUAUAGCUCCUGUAAGCAGUUAUGCUGUUGAAUUGGCUAAAGCCGAAGCCCAAAAGGAAGAGUUGUUGGCUGCUGAGAGCGAAAAUUUGAGAAUUGCUUCCAAAAAGGCCGGAUAUAUUUGUUUGUUCUUGACCUGGGCGCUCUUAAUCAUGUGGCCAAUGCCAAUGUACGGAACUGGAUACAUUUUCUCCGAGAAGUUUUUCACCGGUUGGAUCGUUGUUGGAUUUAUUUGGAUUUUCUUCACUGGUUUUGUCGUUGUUGUUUACCCAUUAGUUGAAGGCCGUGAAGAUAUCUGGUUCACUAUGAAGGGUAUCUACUGGGAUUGUACUGGUCAAUCGUACAAGUUGAAGGCUUAUCAAGAGUCUCACCCAGAAGAAUUACAUGUUGUCAAGUCUCAAAUUUCCGCCAAGAUUCACGAACAACCGAGUAACGAGGCUCCAGAAAAAUAG